AUGGCAUCACCAACCCUGGCUCCCAGGCCAGAUCAAGGCUCUCCCUCGACACCUCUCCUCCAAUCCGAUUCGGCCUCGACCAUCGGCCCAGCCUCCUCGCGCGCCUCAUCUAUCCGAUCUAUCUCACCGUCUCGACGUCGUCACCACAAUGGCCGUACCUCCCGAGCCGCGGCUGCCUCAGCUCGAAACCUCUCCUUCGCUUCGGCUUUGCUCUCCUCCCUCUGCGCCGGCUCUAUAACUAUCUUCAGCAUGUACGGCCACAUCUUCCAAGAACGUUUACACUACACCCAGUUCGAGGUCAACGGGCUGUCGAGCGCCGCUUCGAUUGCCACCUACAUGCCCGUGCCAUUGUUAGGGUACAUGUGUGAUCGCGUAGGUCCAGGACCGCUGUCGUUUGUCUCAGCGCUGUUCUUUGCGGCUGGAUAUGGGCUGGCUGCGGGGGUGUAUAAGCGGGAGGCGGAGGCGCCGGCAUUGGCUGAUGGCGAGGAUACGAGUGGGUUGGCAUAUUGGGCUAUGAUUGCCGCGUUUGUGUUUAUCGGUGUCGGAACAUGCUCGAUGUACAUGAGCGCUGUGGCGACGUGCGCAAAGAACUUUGGAAGGGGGAAACAUCGUGGGUUAGCGCUUGCAGUACCUAUCGCGGCGUUUGGACUGAGCGGGAUGUGGCAGAGCCAGCUGGGAAGUCGUGUGUUCUAUGAGCGAUUUGCGGAUGGGACAAAGGGCGAUUUGGACGUGUUCCACUUCUUCCUCUUCCUUGGCAUUCUGCUGUUCGUAGUCGGUUGCCUAGGCACAUUCGGCUUGAAGAUCGUUAACGAGGAGGAUCUCAUCGAUGAAGCUGUCGAGGAACUGGAGCGCAGUGGCUACCUGGAUGGAAGCACAUUCCUUCAGGGCAGCAGGACCGCCGACAGACCCGGCUACGGCGCCAUAGAGCAAUCUCCCCUCGACAUGGAAAGCGCCGGCAUUCUCGACCCCCACAAGGCCGACGACACCGACUCCGAAGAAGAAGACGACAACGCCCGCAUCAGGAAAACCUGGGUUCUCAACGCCGAAACCCGCCGCUUCCUGACCGACCACACUAUGUGGUGCUUCGCCCUCGGCUUCUUCCUCAUGAUCGGUCCCGGUGAGGCCUUCAUCAACAACCUCGGCACCGUCAUCAAGACGCUCUACCCGCCUCAUCUCAAAUUCAUCGGCGAACCCACCAACGCAGCCACCCACGUCUCCAUCGUCGGCAUCACCAGCACCCUCGUGCGCCUCCUCACCGGCUCUUUGACCGAUCUCCUCGCUCCCAGCCCGCAGGCCCACCACGUCCAGAUUACAUCCUCUGGAACGCUCGAACGCAAGCGCUUCUCCCUCUCUCGCGUAUCUUUUCUGCUCUUCUUCGCCGUCACCCUCUCCGUCGGCUUGGCCGCGCUUGCUUCAGGUUGGAUCCAAAACCACGGCGAGCGCUUCUGGGUUGCCUCGGGCUUGGUUGGUGCUGGCUACGGAGCUGUGUUCUCUCUCACUCCCAUCAUCAUCACUGUGAUCUGGGGCGUUGAGAACUUUGCGACCAACUGGGGCAUCGUGGCCAUGUUCCCCGCUCUUGGCGCGACGUUUUGGGGCCUGGUGUACUCGGCUGUUUACCAGUCGGGCGUGGAGAAGGCUGCUUUAAACCAAGGAGGGGAGGAAGAUCAGUUUUGCUACGGGAGCGAGUGCUAUGCGUCCGCGUUUUGGGCGAUGGCGGUUAGUGUUUGGGUUGCCUGCGGGUUGGUGUUGUGGGCUUGGAAGGGGAAGAACGGGUGGGCACAGAGGGGGAUUUGUGGUCUAAGGUGGAUCAUUAUGGGAAUAAGGGUCUGGGAAUUUGGGAGCAUAUACGGGCAUAAUCUGACGUUUUACCUACGGGUUCUGGAGUUUGGCAUGGUACGGGAUCUUGGGUCACUGGUUUCACUACAUACGGGACCUGACGUCCAGCGGCUAGUUUUGCAUAUUUUGGGUAUUUUGGUCUGUAACGUACCGUGCUUUACCGCCUUCAUAUUGGGGCCAGUCUGUUUGAAGUAUUCACCUUGA